AUGGCUUCCGAUACGUUACGAUUGUUUACAUUUGUGGUUUUCUGUGCUCUUAGCGCUUCUGCGAACACCACAGUUGACUGGUGGGAGUCAGCCACACUCUAUCAGAUCUAUCCUCGAUCGUUUAUGGACAGUGACGGUGAUGGUAUAGGUGACAUUAAAGGAAUUAUAUCUCGUUUAGAAUUUCUCAAGGAAAUAGGUGUGACGGCUGCAUGGCUUGGGCCUGUUUUUGAAUCGCCGAUGAGAGAUAUGGGUUAUGAUAUAACUAAUUUCACCAGCAUUGAUCCGCUCUUUGGUACAAUGGAUGAUUUUGAUGAAUUUCUUGCAAAGGCGCAUAAAUUGGGUCUAAAGAUGAUAUUGGAUUUUGUACCAAAUCACUCGAGUUAUGAGUGCGAGUGGUUUCAAAAGUCGAUUCGUCGUGAAGAUGGUUAUGAUGAUUUUUAUAUAUGGGAAGACGGUAAAAUCGAUCCGGAAACAGGCGAGCGUAGUGAGCCAAGUAAUUGGAUAUCUAUUUUUGGUGGUUCUAUGUGGACUUGGAAUGAUGAACGCCAACAGUACUAUUUACACCAGUUUUUACCUGAGCAACCUGACUUUAACCUCACGAAUCCUAUGGUACGAAAACAUUUGAUCGAGGUUUUGGAAUUUUGGCUUGAUCGUGGGGUGGAUUCUUUUCGCAUUGACGCUGUGCCAUUUUUCAUAGAGAAGCGUUAUGAAAAUGGCACAUAUCCAGAUCAGAGGAUGUUUGGAGAAUAUACACUUAAUCAACCAGAAAAUGUGCUUUUAAUAUAUGAAUGGCGCGAGUUUUUAGAUGAAUACCAACAAAAACAUGGCGGUGAUACAAGGAUACAAGUUGUCGAAGCGUAUGCCCCUGCUACGACAUUGAGCGAUUAUAUCAGCAAUGGCACUCACGUUGGUAGCCAAAUGCCAAUGAAUUUUAACUUUAUCAAUUUGGAAGGCUCUAUCAGUGCACAGGAUAUUGAAAGGACCGCCAAGAACUGGAUGGAUGCUAUAUGGGAGAAGCACAAGUCGUCCAAUUGGGUAGUAGGAAAUCAUGACAACAGUCGUCCAGCAACACGCUUAGAGGAAACCAGAAAAGAUAUGAUGACGAUGAUAGUGCAUACAUUGCCCGGUACAUCUGUUACUUACAACGGCGAUGAGAUCGGCAUGACUGACGCAGACAUUGAUUGCACAAUUAUAUCUUGUGAUCCUGACGGCCGAGAUCCAGAGCGUACGCCCAUGCAGUGGGACACUUCGAAGAAUGCCGGAUUCAGCACAGGAAACUACACUUGGCUACCCGUCAAUCCUAACUACUCAUAUCUCAAUGUACAGACUCAGAGAGGCGUGGCACGUAGCACCUUGAACAUAUACAAGGGAAUGACCAGUUUGAAACAAACGGAAGCAUUCAAGGCGUUCAAAGAAGAAGGUGGAUUUUCGUAUGGAGCUUUGAAGGAGCAGGUCUUUCAAGUUGUGAGAACUGCUGUUGGUCGUGAAGAGUACCGUUUACUAGCUAACUUCGGUAGCCAAAUAGAAUAUUUAGAUGGUUUGACGAAUAAGACUAUGGAGUACGUGCUACUUACUUCCUAUUCACCUCACAAUUAUGGCGAUAAGGUCGAUUUAAGCAAACGAAUUUAUUUGAUGCCUUAUGAAGCGGUUAUUCUGCGAUGGAUUGCGUAAAGUACAUUUGUAUGUAUGUGUAUAGGCAGUUCGAGCUACUGUUCUUAUAUAUUUUCCGAAUUCUUUUUCGCAUCUUGCAACCAGCACUUGUUAGAACAACUUUAACUGUAUUCUAGUGCGCAGAAUCUUGUUUAAUACUCUCAGUACCGUUAUUUGAACAAAAUUGUAAUAACAGGCCGGUAUGAAAAUUAUCUAAACCUUAUCAUUUCUGUAUCUUUGAACAUACAGUGGCACACAUAAGUAUUUCUUACGCGAAGACGAACCUUUACAUUUUUUUGAUUUUUUGUUUUA